AUUUGUUAUAACUUUUGGUCAGACAAAUUAAGACACAAUUUAAUGACGGCAACAACCGUUGACACUAGAAGUUGGGAAAACAAAUGUAUUUAUUUGAUUUUGUUCUUUGUAACAACACCACUGCUAUACAAAUACGUAUUCUGUAGCAGUAUAUUGAAGUAUGAUGUGAUAUACAAUUAACAGGGCUUUAAAAACACAUGAUAAACUUGAAUACAUCAUGUUAAACAGAUGUGCUCUUCUUCUUAUAUUUCCUCCAGACAGGUGCACAGAGUGUGACUCUGAUUGUCCUCCACUAGGUGGCAGCAGUUCCUCACGUCAUAAACCCGUGGACAUGCCUCCAGUGUUGUCAAGGUGGAGACAUUGUUGUGACUGAGUUACAAGCACUGAUUGGUAUGUAAUAGGAAGUCAUCUCGGCCUGUGAAUCCGACGGUGUGACUUUAAUGUUUGGGAGGGAACGAGCAGAGAAACCCGCUCACUUUGCUGCUUGGAGGAACUGAAAUGCGACAUGGCGAUGGAUCUGAUCCCGGUGCUGCUGCUUAUUUGUCUUCCACAGUACUGUCACGGUAAACACCUGCUUCGCUUUCUGACCUUCUGUCAGAGGAACGUGACGAGUGACGAACAGUAUGAUAUUGAAUAUGAUGGCGAUCAGCUCCUCUACGUUGACCCCGCCACCUAUGAGGCCGUUCAGCGUCUGCCAGAGUUUGCGGAGCAGUGGGUCCCUGAUCCUGGACUGGGUCCAGACGCCUACGUGUCCCUGGGUACCUGCCUGUACAACGUCCCUCGAGCCGCAAAGGGAGAAGAUUACCCCGAAGAGGUCAUAGCCAGUCCCACCUCCAUAAUCUACCCCAAGCAGGAGAUGGAGCUGGAGAUCCCCAACACACUCAUCUGCUUCGUGAACGACUUCCAUCCGCCCACAGUCAACAUCGCGUGGACCAGGAACGGGUGGCCGGUGGACCCCAGUUUGGUCAGCCAGACUCAGUACUACUCCAACAGCGACUUCAGCUUCCGCAUCUCGUCCUACCUGGACUUCACUCCGCAGGAGAGCGACAUCUUCUCCUGCAGCGUGGACCACAUCAGCCUGAAGGCGCCUCUCACCAGGUUUUGGGUGGUUGAACUACACACAGACCAGCAGGUUGUAGAGACGGCGGUGUGUGUUGGUGGUGUGAUCCUGGGGCUGAUUGGAGUUGUCACAGGACUCUGGUUCAUCAUGAAAGCCAACAAGUCCUGCCAGACGUGAAACGCAUCAAGACAAACACCUGAAUUUCGAUGUCAGAUGCGUGAUGGCCUUGAUCUUUUCUCCCUUGUGUUUUUCCCCUGGGAGUGAGAUGAAGUGAACUCUCUUUUUUUUUCCGACCAUAGUUGUAUUUUUUUUCUACUGAAAUAUUAUACGUCGUCUUUGUCUAUUUCUGCAACAACAAUGGAUCGAAACCUGGGCUAAAAACACAUCAGUUAAAUGUUAAAUGCAACAGUUUGACAUUUUGGCACUCAGGUAUCUGUGCUGUAAUUAAAAAGCUUCUAUCAGGAGAUGGUAUGGUUAGCUUAGCUUAGCUUAGCUUAGCCCAAAGACUGGGAACAGGUGGAAAUAGCUAGACUGCCUCUGUCCAACAGUGACAAAAUCCCCCUACCAGCACCUCUUAUUAGAAAAUAAAUAUUCCGGCAUACAACCCCCAAUAAAAAGGCA